AUGGAUACCAGCGAGAGCGAGUACGAACAGCUCUCAUUGCCUUCAGGCAUGAGGAAGCGAAAGCGCACGGCGGGCCGUGAUUCCUCGCAGGCGAGGAAGAAGCGCAAACCGGCCCUCGAUGACCUCCGCAAGCUUCUGGUGACCUACCACGGCUUGCAGCAGAUGCGACGGGAGGUGGACGAGAAGAUCGCUGCGUGCGAGCAGCAAAUUGCCAAGCACAAGUUCGGCAGCAUCUCGGGGAAGUCUCGUCGCCGCCGCCGUGGCCGUCAGUCUGCCUUCCGGCGCGUGGGGUCCCCUUUACGGGAGGUCGUCAAUGUGGGAGAAGAUCCACCCACGUUCUGGGUGCUUGUGGGAGAAUGGGUGCGGAGCUGGUGGUGA